AUGGCAGCGACGCGAACAGUUGUUAUUGGAAUUAACGAUAGUAAUCACUCGGAAUACGCAUUUGACUUUUAUGUAGACAAUAUACAUCGCCAUGGGGACCACACAGUACUUGUCCACGUGCCAGAAUAUACCAACAUUAUAUCCACGUCAUCACUGUUGACGGACCCCAACAUCAUAUCGGAAAUGCUGCGUGACACAGAGGAACAAAUAUGUGAACUGGUGGAAAAAUAUUCGCUCAAAAUGAAGGACAAACAUCUGAACGGCCAUAUCAAGCAGCAAAGUGGAAAACCAGGUGAAGCGAUCAUAGAGGGAGCCAUUGAAGAAAACGCAACAUUGUUGAUAAUUGGCACGCGGGGGCGGGGUAAGGUCCGCCGAACGUUCCUUGGAAGCGUGAGCGACUACUGCCAUCACCACGCCCCGUGUUCCGUCCUCAUCUGCAGGCAUAGAAAUGCAAAUAUAAAAAAGACAAAUGAUAAUACAAGUUGUGUUCGAUAA